UCUCCUCUUCCCCCCUCUCUCUUGCUUUCUCUAAAAGUUUCUGGUGAGGAAAGGAGAAGACGUUUGGAUGAUUUUGACUCCUCCAUCAGUGUCCUCUGGGGAAGACAUCAGUCGUGGCGUAUAGCAUCUUCUCUUAUCACUGAGUCCAAUGGAUACAUUGUUUGGCCUACGUUUCAGACGGAAAGCCUGUGAGCCAAGUGGACCCAGGCUCUCCAGCGUGUCACUUCCAGCGAGUAAAGCACGCCGGCGCUCCAGCGUGGGCCUGCCGUCAGCAGGCCUGGCUCAGAGACGCAGGUCUAGCACUCAGCUCCAAACCAGCAACGUGCAGGCGGGGGUCUUACACCGCAGAAGAGGACACUUCACCAGGAGGAGGUCGAGCGGUGCAACAGCCUGCCUGACCCCACGGUUCGCUAUACGACGAAGACAGGCUGCCAAACACCAUAGCAUUCACGCCCAGCUCCUUGGACCAUCACUGCUCUUGGCUAGCGUGGUGCAAAUGAGUGAAGAUCAUGAAACUGAGAAUAAGAGUGCAGAAGAAUACUCCUCUCUCUCUGAUAGUGACUGUAGCCAGGAGGAGCACAAGCAAGCAGGGAUGGACUUAGAGUUGGAGUCUGAUAAGUGUAUGACGUGGUUGGCUCAGGGUUUGAUGCCAGGAGAAAGUAUUCAGCCCCGUCCCCUCAUCCGUGCCCCACGUUGCCUGAGGCGAAACUCCUCACACCUACUUCCUGCUGAAGCCAUUUACCGGAGCACAGGCUCUUAUGGGCUGUAUGGCCGUUACCGUAGGACCAGUCAGGCACAGGGCCUGUCUAAUGUAGGUGGAUUGUGGGCAGGGAGGCGAAAUUCUCUUGCAGGUCCAGGAUCAGUUGCACUGUACAGGACGAGCUCCCCUUGCUUGCCAGAUCUCAGUCUUUCACACACACGGCAGGGAAUUUACUACAACCCACAGAUUGACACAUGGAGUGCAUUCCUCUCGAAGGCCAUUGCCAAGUCCGGUCUCCAGCACCUGUCAUGCCAGCCCAGUGCUGCAGUGUUGGCUAAGGGGGAAACCGACAGAGAAAUACGCAGCACAGUGGACUGGAGUGAAUCAGCUCUGUACGGAGAGCACAUCUGGUUUGAGACGAAUGUCUCCGGGGACUUCUGUUACGUCGGAGAACAGCACUGUUACGCCAAGUCCCUGCAAAAGUCUGUUGCUCGGAAAAAAUGUGCCGCUUGCAAGAUCGUAGUUCACUCCAUCUGCAUUGAACAGCUGGAAAAGUUAUUGGACUGGAAUGCUCUGCCCCAAGGGGAGGGGCUUGAUGAGGUGCCUCUCAAAGACCCAUCAUUCAGAAUAAACUUCAGAUGUAAACCAUCUUUCAGGGAGUCAGGUUCACGGAACAUCCGGGAACCAGCAAUAGUGCGACACCACUGGGUCCAUCGGAGAAGACAAGAGGGCAAAUGCAAACAGUGUGGAAAGGGGUUUCAGCAGAAAUUUGCCUUUCACAGUAAAGAGAUUGUAGCUAUUAGCUGCUCCUGGUGCAAACAAGCAUAUCAUAAUAAGGUGACAUGCUUUAUGCUGCAGCAGAUAGAAGAACCGUGUUCAUUAGGAGCACAUGCCGCCGUUAUAGUACCUCCUACCUGGAUCAUACGGGUUCGCCGACCUCAGUCCUCACUAAAGUCAAGCAAAAAGAAGAAACGAACGUCUUUCAAACGCAAAUCCAGCAAGAAAGGAGCAGAGGAGGCUCGAUGGAAGCCCUUCAUUGUGAGACCAAUUCCCUCUCAACUCAUGAAGCCACUGCUGGUGUUUGUAAACCCAAAGAGUGGAGGAAACCAGGGAGCUAAAAUCAUCCAGUCCUUUCUGUGGUAUCUGAACCCUCGGCAGGUCUUUGAUCUCAGUCAGGGGGGUCCUCAGGAAGGCUUGGAGAUGUAUCGCAAAGUUCACAACUUGAGAAUUUUGGCCUGUGGUGGGGAUGGCACGGUGGGCUGGAUUUUGUCCGCUCUUGAUCAGCUGCAGCUAAACCCUUCUCCUGCUGUGGCAGUACUUCCUCUGGGCACGGGAAAUGACCUCGCUAGGACGCUAAACUGGGGUGGGGGUUACACAGAUGAACCUCUGAGUAAAAUCCUGUCUCACGUUGAGGAUGGGAAUAUUGUGCAGCUGGAUCGAUGGAAUCUUAUUGUGAAGCCCAACCCAGAGGCGGGGUCAGAGGAAAGAGACGAGCAGGUGACAGACAAGCUCCCUUUGGACAUCUUCAAUAAUUACUUCAGCCUUGGGUUUGAUGCUCAUGUGACUUUAGAGUUCCAUGAAUCCCGAGAGGCCAACCCUGAGAAAUUUAACAGCCGAUUCAGAAACAAAAUGUUCUAUGCAGGGACAGCGUUUUCUGAUUUCUUGAUGGGCAGCUCCAAAGACCUGGCUAAACACAUUAGAGUGGUGUGUGACGGCACAGAUUUGACCUCUAAAGUCCAGGAUUUGAAGCUGCAAUGCCUGGUCUUCCUCAAUAUCCCCAGGUACUGUGCGGGCACUAUGCCAUGGGGCAAUCCAAGUGAGCAUCAUGACUUUGAGCCUCAGCGUCAUGAUGAUGGAUGCAUUGAGGUCAUUGGGUUCACGAUGACAUCACUGGCCACGCUGCAGGUCGGAGGUCACGGUGAGAGGUUAAAUCAGUGUCGUGAAGUCACCCUCACCACCUUUAAGCCAAUCCCCAUGCAGGUGGAUGGCGAGCCUUGCAAACUAGCUCCAUCUGUUAUUCACAUCUCCCUGAGAAACCAGGCCAACAUGGUGCAGAAAACCAAGAGACGCACAUCAAUACCACAGCUCAAUGAGUGAGUGCAACAUGUUGCUGUGUGAAUAUUAUGGCUGUCUCGAUAUCGUAUAUUCACUACACGGUUACCUCCUGCUGGUGAUUAUGAAGCUCUGCACUACGACAAGGAGAAACUCAAAGAAGCUUCAAUUCCACUGGGUCUCAUCGUUGUCCCGGGAGACAGUGAUUUGGAAACCUGCAGAGCUCACAUCGAGAGACUACAGGAGGACUUUGUGUCAUGUCACCCAUCUCUGCAGCGGCUGGUGCUCCAGGAAGGUGACGGGACCAAAUCGAAGGCUUUGUCAUCUCAGAGGCUGUCGCCAAAAUGGUGCUUUCUCGACUCUACAACAGCGGAUCGAUUCUACAGGAUUGAUCGAGCUCAAGAGCAUCUUAACUACGUGACUGAAAUUUCUCAGGAUGAGCUGUUCGUUUUGGACCCAGAGCUGGUUGUCACAGAGACGGUCAGCACAUCGCCAGGCAUGCCAGACCUGGUGGACUCCUCUAGUGAUGCCCCUUCUGAUCCACGUAAAUUUGCCUUCCCAUCAUCCUCUUCUUCUCCACCAAACUCACCCGGACCCAGGGUGGCAGAGCUGCAAAGGAAGCGUGUUUCCAGUGACAGUUCUGUGGCAGAAGCACUUGCACACAGUGAUUCGCUCAGAUCAGCCAAACCAGCUCUCAGCAGGGUGGGGGGUGUUCAUCGCUCAAAUACAACAGCAGCAGAUUUCAAACCUACCAGCAGGUUUGAGAAGAACAACCUGAUCAAUGCGAACUCUGUGUCAGCUGACAAUCUAAUUGAAUGUGUUAAGAAGAAGGACCAUCAGAAGUUGAAGGAGCUGCAUAAGAAGGGGGCAGACCUGUGUGUGCAGGACCCUGUGGGCCGCACCCUACUCCACUAUGCUGUGGAAGUGGGAAGCAAGGAGAUCGUCAGAUACAUCAUUGAUAAUGCACCCACCGAUAUCCUGGAUGUAACAGAGAGAGAGAAUGGAGAGACGGUAUUGCACAAAGCAGCCUCGUUGUGUCAGAGGACAAUCUGUCAUUACCUAGUGGAGGCAGGAGCAUCGCUCAUGAAGACAGACUUACAGGGUGACACUCCAAAGCAUCGUGCCGAGAAGGCGAAAGAUGCAGAACUUGCGGCGUAUCUUGAGAACCGCCAGCACUACCAAAUGAUCCAGCGUGAGGACCAGGAGACUGCCGUUUGACCUUUAACCUCUCACCCUUAACCUCAACCGGUGUCCUCCUUUUUGUGCCAAAACAACAGUAACCAAAAAUGUAUCGCUAAACCCAUCACAGGCUCUCAUGACUGCAUGGUGGUGAUACAUUCCCAGAGAGGGGGAGAUGGUCGCACACUUUACUGUCUCUGAAGAGGUCCCAAGCUUUGGUCAUCAUUCUCUGAAUGACCUGUUGAACUUAAUGCACUGCCAAAACAUCUUAGAGUUUGUAUGUAUGCGACAGAAUGCAUUUCCCUCUAUGUUACUGCACUCAUCAAGCUUGCUUUUCUAGUUUGACAAUGCUGAAUGUUCAAUGAAAUGCAGUGAGGAAGAUGCAUGGGCUGGUGAGGACAGUGCUGUGUCUGUCUCCAGAGUUAUCACUGUCUGUAUAAGUGUACCUGGAGCGUUUACCGUAGCCCUGGCUCCACAGCUAGGUUUAGUAUUGCUCUGUUAUGGCUGAGCGUUAAUCUGGUUAGUGCUCCAGAACAUGAACCAGAACCGGAAACAACAUUUCGGUUAGCGGAGUUAUUUCCUAAUAACAUUAGAGCCAUUAAAUGAUAUUAUGUUAAUGUAUAAUGUAACUUUCUAGAUUCCCCUGCACUGAAAGUGUUCAGGUUGGUUCAAAGAUAGGAAUGUUUUCUGGGGUCUUGGUUUGAAGUAUCAGAAACAUUUAGAUAUUUUUCAGGCAUGUUAUUGGAAGGAUUUUGCAUUUUCAUAGAUUUCUGUGCUGUUUCUAACAUUAACAUGUUAAUAACAUUCGGUACUGUAAAUGUAUCCGAGUAGCUUUCUGUUUAAGAGGCAUUUGCACUGUAGCUUUGAUUGCCUUCUUUAUUCUAUACUCUGGAUUUAUAAUUGAUGUACUAAAAUAUAGCUUCUUUCCUACAAUAUUUUUAAGUAAAUAGAUGUUUAUAUAAUUUGUAGCUAUAAAAGAUGUUGUCAUGUUUGUAUUAUAAAACUCUGUAAAUUAGAUUUUGGUU